AUGAAAACCUUAGUUUUUGCUAAGUAAAUUUAGCAAUAUUAAUAAUAACAUAUGAGCAAGGCAAACAAAUUUAUUACCACAUUAUAUUAGGUUCUGGAAAGCAAUGAGUAUUUCAAUUAUGUUUCUUGGACCAAUAACGGGUCAUCUUUCACGAUUCAUAGGUUAGAUGAAUUUAAAAAAGUCGUAAUGAAGGAUUGCUUUAACUCUAUAAGCAUUGAAUCAUUUUAUAGGCAGAUGUGCUUGUACGGGUUUCGAUUGAGGAAGAAGAAAGGGUUGAAGGAAUACUCGCAUCCCAAUUUUAUUUCAGGAAGAUUGUACUUAAAAUAGUUUAAGCAGUUAGCAAAGAGUUAGGUCUAGUUUAAAGAAAGAGGAAGACUUAGGCCAUAUCUGAUGACUUGA